GGAAAAUAACCUGAACAGCACUACCAAAGAGUCAGUAAUCACUGAUGAGCUACUGACUCUCUUUUUUACUUGUUGUCAGAGGAUGAAUUAAGGAACUGCUCAGCUGAAGAGAUGCUGGAAAUGGUGUCAGAUCUACUGUCUAAGAGAUAAAUCAAAGAAGAAACAAAAUGAAUAACAAUCAACAGGAAGUUGUGGUUCAUUGGUUCCGCCAUGGAUUACGUCUCCAUGACAACCCAGCUUUAAUUGAAGGCCUGUCAGAGUGUGACAAAUUCUAUCCUAUAUUUAUAUUUGAUGGUGAAGUUGCAGGAACAAAAACAGCUGGAUAUAACCGCUUUCAUUUUCUGCUGGAAUGCCUGCAGGAUGUGGACAGAAAUCUCCAGAAGGUAGGAUCCCGGCUGUACUGUUUCCAGGGUCAGCCUACCGACAUUUUUACCAGGCUGAUAGAGGAAUGGGGAAUCACGAAGGUGACCUUUGAGGCUGACCCUGAACCGAUCUGGCAGGAACGAGACAAUGCUGUAAAGGAACUUCUGGACAAGAGGAACGUACAGUAUAUAGAGAAAGUCUCCCACACCCUGUGGGACCCAAACGAAGUAAUUAAGAACAAUGGAGGUACCCCACCUUUGACCUUUUCCCUGUUUAACCUUGUGACCUCCACCAUUGGGGAGCCCCCUCGGCCAGUAGAUGACCCAGAUUUCACGGAUAUAGACCUUCCCGUCAGUGACAAUCACGACAAACAGUUUGGGAUUCCCUCUCUAGAGGACUUAAAUGUGAGACCAGAAUGUGAAGAGCAGAAGAAUCCAAUUGUGAAAUGGCAGGGUGGGGAAACAAGGGCCCUGGAAUUAUUGGAGAUUCGUAUGAAUCAUGAAGAAAAGGCUUAUGAAAAAGGUUACAUGAUGCCUAACCAGUACUACCCAGACCUCCUUUCUCCACCUCUGAGUCUGAGUGCACACCUCAGGUUCGGUUGUCUGUCUGUCCGUAUGUUCUACUGGAGAAUCCAUGACAAGUUCAGAGAGGUAAAGCCUUCAGUAUGUGCCCCAGUCUCCCUCUCAGCACAGCUCAUGUGGAGGGAAUAUUUCUACACAAUGGCUGUCAACAACAUGGACUAUGACAAGAUGGAGCUAAACCCAAUCUGUCUCAACAUCCCAUGGUAUGAGAAUCCAGAACACGAAGAAAAGUGGACCAAGGGUGAGACAGGCUAUCCGUGGAUUGACGCCAUUAUGAAGCAGCUCCUACAGGAAGGUUGGAUCCACCACGUCGCCCGUCACGCCGUGGCCUGCUUCCUGACCCGUGGUGACCUCUGGCUUAGCUGGGAAGUCGGGCUGAAGGUGUUCUAUAAGUACCAACUUGAUGCUGAUUGGUCAGUCUGUGCUGGGAAUUGGAUGUGGGUUUCCAGUUCUGCCUUUGAAAAAGUCCUACAGUGCCCCAACUGUUUCUGCCCUGUUAGAUAUGGGAAACGUAUGGAUCCAUCUGGGGAAUAUGUCAGACGCUAUCUACCAGUAUUAAAGGACAUGCCACUGAGGUAUUUGUUUGAACCAUGGAAAGCCCCACUUCCUGUCCAACGGAAAGCAAAGUGCAUUGUGGGAGUAGAUUAUCCCAAGCCAAUGGUGGACCACAAAGUGGCAUCAAAGGAAUGCAUGAAAAAUAUGAAGGCUGUUAAAGACACUCUUGUGGGCAAAAACAUCCCCCACUGUGCCCCUUCAGAGGAACUUGAAGCCAGACGGUUUUCUUGGUUACCAGAUCACACGCCCUCUGGUGGCAAGUGCAGCGCCAACUUCCUGUGUGAUGGCCUGAAGGAUCUAGAAUAGAAAACACAAGUCAAAAUAUAUAUGAUGGAAAAUUAUAUUAAGUGUAAAAUAUAUGUCUACAGUAUUAAUCAAUCAAAAUAGUUCAUUGAGUAAUAAAAGUACAUAAUUUUAAAGAUAAAUUAAAUCACCAUUUUAGGGUCAUGGGCAUUAUCAUGCAGAUUUUGAUUCUCUAAAAGACAAUUAAAUUUUCAUGUACAUCCUUUUUGCAGUUUAAGCUCAACAAGUUUCACAUAAAUAGUAUUAAGUUUUUAUAUGUAUUCUUUAUAGUCAUAACUCAUAAGAUGUGCUUUAUUAGCUGUAAUGAAUAAAAUCCCAUUUGGCUCAAAGCUUUGAUAAAUGUUGUUUGGUUAUUUAUAUCAAUGAUUAAAUGUCUUACAUUAAUUUUUGACAUCAGAAAUAGUCAUAUACAUGUAUAAAGUGUAGUUUUGAGGUAUGAUUUGUAUAAUUUAACUAGUCCAAAAAUUUUAUUAGCUAUUUAAUGAUUUUAUAAUGAAUAUGAUAUAAACUAUU